GCGAGUCAUCCGGUUAGAGGGAGGGGCUGUUGCGUAUUUCGUGCUUCUUGUAACUUCCAUUUUGCGGCCGUGGCUCACCCCAUUCUUCGGGAGUUAUCGCUGGGGGAUAAGUAGUCGUGAAUUUGCUCAUUUCACGCGGGCCAUUUCACGCGGGUUCUUCGAGGCUUUUCAACGGUCAGUCGUCGGGAGGAAGUUGUCGAUAAUAUUUGUACACUUGGAAAAGGCCAUCAGCAACGUAUUCCGGAUAAGCGUGUGGUUCGACGUUACUCCGCUCGGCUUCGCUGUUUCGCUGUCUCUUUUUUUCCUUCGAGAACUCGUUUUUUCCGUUUUCCGGGGAGAGAGAGGGUGAGAGAGAGAGAGAAGCGACGAUUGCGGGUAGAGGGAUAUCGUUUCGCUAGUCGAACGGUCAAUGGGACUCGACAACACGCGGGUCGAAUAGACUCUUUUGCGCGGAGUCGUGGUAUUGAGUGGUUAUCGCGUUCAAGAGAAUUCCAGUCGCCAUUACUGGGUGAGGGAUUGCGAGUUGAUCACGGGAGUGGAACUUUGUUUAAGGAGAUAUGUCUGAUCACUUGCGGGCACUUCGUCCCCGGCGUUCGCCCACGAAAGAGCGACGAGUGGAGGCCGCAGCGGCUCCAGCCUCCGACAAAGACUCGGAUGGAAGAGACGACAGUGACAGUGAGCCCAGGCUCGUCAUCAAGGAGGAGCCAGAGGCCCCAGGGGUCGGCAAACGGGGAAUAUCCGAGCGCAUGUACGAGUGCAACUCGUGCAGACCCAGACACGAGUUCACCAGUCUCGCCGAUUACCUCCAGCACCUGAAGGACCAGCACCAGCAGAGGAGCAAAGUCCAUGGCUGUCCAUUCUGCAAUUACACGUAUCAAAAUCCGAAGAAACUGCAGCGUCACAUUUUAACUGCCCACAAAGACGUCCAGGAGAAAUCAGGGGAAAUUGUCAGGCGUAACAGGUGCACAAUGUGCAAUUUUGUCGCUUACACACCGACUGACAUGGAGAAUCACCAGAGGCUUCAUCACCUCAGGAGGCGAUUUUUUCGCUGCACAAAGUGCUCUUAUGUGACACAUGUCCGUGCACGAUACACCAAACACGUGAAAUACCAUUCCAUGCCAAUGAUAAAAUGCGAUGAUUGUGAUUUUCGAACUCCUUAUAAGUGGAAUCUCGAUCGUCACACGAGGAAUCAUGGGGGCGGUGGGGCUUUUCAGUGUGAGGCUUGCAAUUUUACCGCUGAAAUUCGACAGAGUCUGACUGUCCACGAGGCCAAUCAUCAUGAACCGCCGGUUGGGCAGAUGGCGAGUAAGAUGAGCAGUCCUUUUGAACGAAAACCGAGGAAUACACCGAAACGUUAUAAUCAGGUUGGUGCUAGUGAUUUCCGUGACGCUCAAGCGACCGAAAAGCCCGCGAACCCAGCGACUGUUGAAAACUCCCCAGAUACAGAGGACCCCAAGACCUCCACUAUCUCCGACGGUGCGGACUGUAUCGCCUUAAAAUGCGAGGAGAAGGGCUGCCAGUUCAUCACUGCCUGGGACUCUGAGAUGCAACGACACUUGGCCGAGUCACACGCUGGUCAGUCCCCGAGCAAGAGGAAACCACUGCCGAUGUUGAUCCCCCUGAGUCCAGGGAGCAAACAAGCUAAUCCCGGUGCCUCCAGUCCUCCCACAACUGUGCUCAACGUUCCCCGGGUCAGAGUGAGGCCAGAGCUUGCGAAAAUUGCCAGAGACACUGAAAUCGCCAAAUUGUACGGUAGUUCUGAGGUAAAUGGGGAGAAAGAAGCAAGUCCCCCAAAGAACUUUGAAAAACGAAAUGCCUCAUUCUUCGACAAACUAAAGGAACGUCUGCUCUCAAGCUCAGGAAUCACCCAGUCAGCAAUGAAUAAUCAAGUGGCAGCUGUAAGUAAUGUCAACGAUCUAAAGUGUUGGUGCACGUUUGAAGCGAGUAGUCAGGAUGAAAUGUCAAGUCAUAGAAAAACCCAUCACACUGCGCUCAGUGUGUCUCUUGGCGUAACGCGAUGUCCAAAGUGCCGAAGACGUUGCAAAACUUCGAGCGAUCUCCAGAUGCACAUUAAAAUAUGCCCAGCGUACAAUAAUAAUAGUGACAGUAAUGAUAAAAAUAGUAGCCAGGAGAACACUGUCAACAGUGAUACCUAUGCAACAACUUCUUCCUCCAAUGAUUUUGAGUUACCAUUGCAAGUGGACUGGGAUGCAAAUUACAACGGACUUAAUUCCUCUGGAUCCUCGGUGGAAGGAGUCUCUAUGGGUCCGUUAGGACGACGAGUGUUCAAGUGCCCCCACUGUCCCUUCUGGGCGUCGACAGCCAGUAGAUUCCACGUCCACAUCGUCGGCCACCUGAACCGCAAACCAUUCGAAUGCUCCUUGUGUGCGUACAGAUCGAAUUGGCGAUGGGACAUAACGAAACAUAUUAAAUUGAAGGCUGCCAGGGAUGCAGCGCAUGUGAAUGCCAGAGUGCUCAUGACUGACGAAACUGGUCGUCGAAAUUAUUCCAAGUAUAACAAAUAUCUUACUCAGCUGCAGCAGCAGUCCUACGACGCCGUCUCCCCGGAAGAAACCCAAGGAGGGCUCCGCAGUGGCGAGCCCCCGCGAAAGCUCUUCAUAACAGCCGACCAAUCCCCAAAGCGUCGCCCCAAGCCGAUGACCUCCCUCUCGAUAGACGUGGCCUCGGGCCACAUAGUCAAGCCCUUCCAGCUCCCCCGCCUCCACGGUCAAUCCCUCCUAAAAGUGACCCCCCCAGCGCCCCCCGCAAAAGACCCGCUCUCCCUCUCCCCAAAAUCCCCGGAGGAGACAAAACGCACCCUCUGGAAAUGCAAGCGCUGCAACUACCGGGACUCGAGCAAAGAGGUUCUCCUCCAACACGUGAAGAGUCACUACGAGAAGCUGGAGAAGCCCCAGGAGAAGGCGAGCCUGACGUGCACAGACUGCCCCUUCGUGGCCCCUGACGCGGAGUCCCUUGCCCUCCACAAGGUGCACCACCGCCCCAACCUGGAGGCAAUCUUCAAGUGCUACCUCUGCCCCUACUACGUCAGCACGAAGGCCGAGCUCCUGGAGCACGCGCGUCUGCACGGGGAGGAGCUGUCGGUGGUGCACGACGCAAAGCCAAAGCCAAAGCCAAAGGAGGACAUUCCCCCAGACCAAGCGCCCCCAAUGCUCCUGGACACCCGAGCCCUCCCGGACACGCCCCUGGUCUGGGUCUCGCGUCCAGACGGAAUCUUCGCAAAAAUGCUCAAGUGUCGGCACUGCCCGCACGUCUCGUCGAGACGAGCCGAAGUCCGAGACCACGAGACCAUGCACACGAACGACGACAAUGGCCCAGGGGUUCUGAUAGCCUGUCCAGACUGCAGCUUCACCUGCACCCAGAAGGACGUCAUGGAGUCCCAUGCGGCGAUGCACCUGGGCUCGCUGGGGACAGUGCACUGUCUCGUGGCUGACAACAGGAGUGACGCCCAGCAGCUGGACGACCUCAAGAGCAUCCUGGGACUGGCGAAGACCCCGACUCUGGGGGCCGAGCCAGACCUGAGGGACUCCAGACUAGUCCACAACUGUGGCAAGUGCCCUGCCAGGUUUCUCUGCGAGAAGGAGCUGAGGAUCCACCUGCGGUAUCACGCCACCUCCCUGGCGUACACCUGCGAGUGGUGCUCCUACGCUGCUAGACAGCCAGCGCACCUGCUGGCCCACCAGAAGGCCCACUCCAGUGACUACCAGGAGCGAACGAGGUACCUGGCGUCGCUGUACGGCAACUCCCAGAGGUUCCCUCCACCUAUGACAGCCUGCGUGGAGGUGAACAGCCAGGGGAACCGACAGAAGGGAGUCGACAGGAGGCAGUUCGCCUGGAUUGUCGUGGAGGUCACCAAUGCCAGCCAGCAGGCGCAGGAGUUCAGUGCUGACAAGAAUCAGGUGUUCACGUGCACGAAGUGCCCUGCGAGGUACUUCAAACUCGACGCUCUGGAGUACCACAUGACCCUGCAUGGCUCCAACAACAGGUUCAAGUGUGAGGAGUGCGAUUACUCGUCCAAGACAGCGCAGAACCUCAUGAAGCAUCAGGUGGUGCACAGGAGGCAGCCGGAGGCUGUCGAGCAAGUACAGGAGAACAGUCAGGGGCGGCUGGAGGCGGCUCAGGGCGAGGAGGACUCCUCGGGAAAUCCGAAUUACCUGUAUCCGGGGUGUGUCAGGCAGGGGAAGUUCAAGGAGAAGAAGUACAAGUGCCAUAAAUGCCCCUCGGCGUUUGAGAAACGAGAGCAGUUCAGGAUCCACUUGUCACUUCAUGGCUCCAAGCAGAAGUACAGGUGUGAUAGGUGUGAUUAUGCUGUUAAGUAUUAUGCUAAUUUUAUUCAGCACAUGAGGAAGCAUCAGGCUAAUGCCGAGGCACAGGCCUCGAGGAGGCGGAUGGAGGUGGAGGAGGAGGAGGACUGCGCGGAUGAGGAGCAGAGUGUUGUGAAGUCGAGGAGAAAGUCGACAGGGUUUGGGGGGAGGGAGGUGGUGGGAGCGCCUGGGGAGGAGGUCUCCUCGGUGUCCAAUCAGGACAAGCAGACGAUGAUGAUGAUGCAGAGGAAGGCUUCGGCGACGCUGAGUGAAGCUAAUGACAGCGCUCUGAGGUGUCUGGAGUGUCCGUUCUCUGCUGAUGAUCAAACUGCUAUUGACGCGCAUAAGAGGCGACAUGGGAUCGAGAGACUCACGCCACCCUGCCCUCAUUGUAAUUACGUUCCCAGGAAGGAUGAGAAUCUUAAUGAACAUAUUAGACUGCAUUUCACGAGGAUGUACAAGCCCGAAGGGUAUCUGAUUAUUGAGAUGCUGACUCUUAGGAUGGAGAAGCAGGACGAGGGGGGUGACAAGGGGAAGGAGAAUGAAUUACUGUUUUCGGAGUCGUCGGAGGGGACGUUUCUGCCCAUCACUGACAUCGUCAGUACGUUGCCCGUUGGGAAGAGGGGGAGGGGCCUCCAGGAGAAGGUGGUCAUUGAUGCCAGCACUGGGGAGGCCACACAUCGUAUCAAAGAUUAAUGUUUUUUUUACAGAUUUUUCACAGCUUGUAAUUUUGUAAGAGAGGAUAUCCUAGGUUUUAAGCUUUUUGUUUUACUUUUGAGGUAUAUGAACGUGAUCAAGACACUUGUAUCUUUAUGGUACGUACAAAUAUAUGUAGGCAUGUGAAAUGAAUAAACAAUGCGUUUGUUUCCA